UUAACAGGUAGAAAAACCGUUAUUAAUUACGGGAUUGGCUAGUUGGUAAAAUUAGCAAUUUUCAUUGGUCCGUACUGAGCUGAGCGUAGAAGUAGGCGGAGUUUUGCACACGGCGCGCAUGUCUGGCCGUUGACCGUGACGUCAGGCAGAUAUAAAUUUUAAGAGGAGUAACGUGAUUGGUCAGUUAUUUGAGCUGUGAUUGGUCGAAAUUUGAACUGAAUAAUUUGAGCUAGCGGACCAAUAGGAACGAAGUAAACAACGUAAAUGGGUAUUUUCCGUUGAACUUGAACUGUAAUGGGAAAUUUGAUCUGAGAUGAGAUAAUUGAGACGGAAAAUGACCUUUUGAGUUUAGACAAAGGAAAAGUGACCUUUGAUUGAAUUAAGCUAGAAAGUGACCUUUAACUUGAAUUGAGCCAAAAAGAGACCUUUUGACAGAAAUCGAGUUGGAAAGUGACCUUUUGAGUUGAGUUGAAUCGGAAAGUGACCUUUAGGACCAGAACGUGACCUUUGACUUUGAAAAGUGACCUUUACUGAAAAGCUGGAAUUGACCAAAUUGACCUAUUUAAGUGACCUUUAUGAUCUGAAACUGAACGGUGACCCUUAUCGAAGUGAAAUUGAACUGAAUAGUGGUACAGCGAUAUCAGCAGAUGUAGGAUUUCAUUCGCAAACGUGUUUCAAACAGUAAAAGCUGUUUCGAAAUUUUGUCCGAAAGUAACCUUUUAGGGCAAAUCUCUCGAACUUUUUAUCAAAAAAGUGACCUUUAAACAGGACUCCGUCGAAAUUUUUCAGUCGAAAAGUGAACUUUAAUAAGGACUUAGAAAAAUUUCGGAAGUACAAAGUGACCUUUAGGACAAUUGAAUAAACCAUACAAUAACGUUUGUGUGAGAACAAUUGGCAGGAGCGUCCAAGUUAUCCGAUCAACAUGGACAAAGACAAAGAAGAACCGACAUCCAACAGCAGUCAGGGAAGCAAAAGCUCCCGCAGCUCACAGCAAAGCGCACCGAACCCGUACAAAAAGGACUUGCACACAUACUCACGUCCAGUUGGACAUGAGCGGAACACUCGAGCGCCCAAGGCAUUCGAGAAGAAGGAUUCACGAGGCUCUGAUAGCACUUAUCAGAAGGCGCUCGAGGCGGUCGCCGAUCAGGAAAGCUCCAGAGACGACCAGAAGCACACUCCCACAUUCAUGGCGGGAAGUGAUCUGAUGAACCAGAUAAAGGUCACCGGGGAGGAGAAGUCCACAGAAACAGGAGCGGAAGCAACGGGGGCAUCACAGCUGGAUGCUACCAUCAGCGGAACGAACGAGCAGGAUAAAAAUGCGAACCUGACUCAAUCGGAAAUGGAAAAGACAAAGGUCACCGAAGAGGAACUGGCCGAACUGGGAUUGGAUGACCUUUCACUGAACGAUAAGACCGCAGACGAUGACCUUUUUGCAACUCCAAUGGUCUCAGAUGAAUCCAACGAGUCAUACUUCACAGAUGAUGACGCAACGAUGAACAUGUCCUUUCAAACUGCAAUGAAAGAGGCUGACCGAGCAGAAGAAGUGACCCCGUUUAAGGAUAUCCCCGAACAUUUAAUUGACCGGACACAGAAUGGAAAGGUUAUCAAUGUACGACCACAGUCACCAAACAGUCCUACGUUAACUCUGAGGAGACGCGUAAGGGAGCUGGAGAAUGAACUUGAGGCCACUGAACGUCAAGCGGACAAGCGGAAACAGGAGUAUCGAGAUAGAUUAUCGACACUCGAAACUCGCUUAUUCGAAUUGGAACAGCAACAGGGUGACCUCCAGAGCUCCGCAGACGGUUGGAAAGUCAAAUAUGAGCGACAAAAGGAAAUUGCAGAAGAGUACCUAAAGAUGGCAGAUGACAGAGAAAUGGAAGGUCAUCUCGCUGUCAGCGACCUCAAUGAAAGCAUGUCGGAAGAGUCAGCGGAAAGGUCACGGCACUUAGCCGAAUUGAAGGACGAAUGUGACCAGUUACGCCAAAAGGUCAUCGAAGCGGAGGCAAAGCGGGACGAGUAUGCGGCUAACUUUGCGGGGGUCACACAACGAUUGACAACGCUAGCAACAGAGACCUUCAAACUCAGAAACGAUUUGAAGCUACGAGACGAAGCCUUCAGCACUCUGCAAAGCGAGUCAAAAGGUCAUCAGGAACGUGCAGAUGAAGCCGAAAGAUUACGUAAUGAAGCGAUUAAAGCGAAACGUGAUGUAAGAGACCUUAUGGCAUCGGAAGGAGAAAAGUGGAAGGAAGAGAUUAAAAAGGUGAACGAUGAAAAUGAAAAGGUCACCGCAGACGUUCAAAGGGUCACAAAGGAAGGGCUUAAGUGGCAAAAAGAAGCACGGCGACUGGAUACAAUGGUCACAACACUGGAGCUGAAGGAUAAAGAAUGGCAACAACAAGUCGCUCAGAAGAACCAAGAAGUCACAAGGCUGAACGCUGAAUUGCUCGAGAUGACCACUACAGCACUGGCGAAGGACGACGAGUUGAUUGCAAUUAAGGAUCAGGUGAGAUCAGCCGCUGGACAAUAUCAGCAACUUGAAAGGGAAACAACUGAGCUGGUCGAACACAUCAAAAAGAUGGAACGGGAAAAUGAAAAGGUCACCCAGUAGGAAUCCUUUAAAUUGCAGGAACACUUACGAAAGGUCAACUUGGAAAAUUCGGACUUAAAGAGAGAAAGGGAAGAACUUCAUUUGAGAACUAAACGAUUGGAAGACGAGAACAAGGCGCUCCAGACGUCUAACAAACACAAAGAUGAACAACUCCUACAAUACGGAGUUAAAACGGCAACAGUGGAGUCCCCUCCGCCCAGUUACAGCAAGGCGCAUGAAACGGGCACGGGCAAAAGUUUCCACUUUGAAAUGCCACUACGAACUGGUACCGGUAAAGGAAGCGUAAAAGCGGAACGAGAAGGUGAAAAGGGCAAAGAAGACAAAGAGCCACCUUCGGAAAGUUACCCGCAUAUGAGUCGAGGUGACCCUUCACAAUUUCCCUCGCACUUUGAAACAAACGUGUUCAUUGAUGAAGGGCGACGAGACAGACCCUCCAGCCGGCAGGAGCGCCCUAGGAAAUCCCGUUAUGGAAAGGCGAGACGAAAUCAAAGUGAUGACGGAAGUAGCGAAGAACAUGAUGACCAGAGAGCAGAAAAUACAGCGGUGCAAUUGACAAAAGCACUCAACUCGAUGGCCAGGAAAACGCCACUUAUGACCUUUGACGGCAGUCGUGACACAGUGAGUGGGUGGACACGAUUGGUGAAAGAAACCCAAAGGACUUAUCAGUUGACGGGCGACCAAAUCAUGAUUGAGAUAGCCAGCGCAGUGAAAGGUCCUGCAAAAACAUGGUUUGAAGGAGAAAAGGACAUCGCAGCAGAAGAUGGAAUCGAAUACUCAAUAACCGAAUGGAUGGACAAAUUUAAAGAUGAAUACGGUGACCGAGAUGAAGAAGUCCUAGGCUUACGUGAGGCCUAUGCAAGGAAAUUUGAACUCGGAAAAGAAUCGCUUGACCAAUACUAUCAAGCGAUGAUGCGGUUUAAGGCAAAGAGAAUCAUUACUGAGAAACAGGCCGUGGGCUUCUUAAUCAAAGGAUGUAGAGUCGACAAUGAGCUCUACAAAGCCCUGCGCAUACAAAAGUGCAAGACGCCAACGGACGUGAAGGAUUUCUUUCGACAUUGGGCCACCGGCGAAGAGAAAUAUAAGGCACCUAAAGGUCAACGUAACCAGGAAUACGUGACCAUCCGCCAAGGCCAAGUCGAAAAUGUGCCGCAACAGAGAAUGGCAGCUGCACCAGUUCAGCAACCAGCUGAAUACCGAGUGGAGACUCCGGUUAGAGAGGUCACGGAAAAAGUGACCUUUAUCGACAGUCAGACGGGGCAACCGAUAACGUACGCAAUGGUAGCGGCGAUACAAGCGGCAGCUCAAGUGAGACCGGUACCUCAGAAUGUGGCUCCACCGGCACCACAGAAUAUGGCCCCUAUGAAUGUCGUGUUACCACAACAAGGGGGGGGUAACGGAAAUUUCGGUGGAAAUGGAUACGGUAAUGGAAACUGGAAUGGAAGCUUUCAGAAUCAAGGGCAAGGUCAAGGCAACUUUCAGCCAAACAGAUGAAACCAGAACUAUCAGCGGAAUCAAGGGUCACGAACAGAGUUCAAGUUCCAGAUGAUCGACGGAUGGGUGGCGAACAACGUACAGAUGUGCCAAUACUGUAUGUAUGGCAACCACCAGACACAAGGAUGCAAAUUCGCCAACACACCACCGGAACUGAACCCGAAUCUGUUUGCCUUCAGAGAGUGGCAACGUCUUCGCGCAACGGGCGGAUGGCAGCAAGCGGUGGCUAACGGAUAUGACUUGAUUACACAAUGGUAUCAGGCGAAAGCGAACUUCCAGAAUCAGCAAGGAAAUGGAAACGGUAACUAUGGAAAUGGAAAUGGCGGCGGCCAGAACGGUGGCUACGGCCGUGGUGGCUUUGGCCGCGGUGGCUUCAGAGGAAGGGGCAGAGGCUUCGGCCGCGGAAAUUUCAGAGGAGGCCAGAACAAUGGAGGCGGCCAAGGAAACUACCAACAGGGUGGUGGCCAAUACAAUAACGGCAAUGGACAAAACCCUAACCCGGCAAAUGAUAUUGGGCAACAACAAGGAAAUGUGCAGGGCGCGCAACAGGGAGGGGCGCCGGUUCAGGGAAACGGGCAAGAUCAGUAGGCACCGGUGAGCCUACUGAUCGACCCGACCCUAAAUCACCAGAUAAAA